CCCCACUUCUCUCUCUCUCUCUCUCUCUCUCUCUCUCUCUCCUUCUUCAUCGGAUUCUCACAAACAUGGAAAAAACCCAAUAACAGAAUCCGCCUUUCGGAGUUAUCACUUCAGAGCAUUGUUCGCAGUGCGAGAGAACGAGCAAGGAGAGUCUUCUUUUGUUUUGUUAACAAUGGGCUGCUUCAUUGCUUGUUUUCGCUCAUCCAAAGGCGAGAAGCGGAGGCGGCCGCGCAAGGUUCAGCCACGAGAACACCAAGACUCACCAUUUAUUGCAGACAGUGCUUGUGAUAAGUCUAUCAGUCCGAUUCCGAAAGCUCGGGACAGACCUGAGGAGCAGCAACUAAGCCCGAGUACCAGAAAACGAGUAACAUUUGAUUCCAAUGUAAAGACAUACGAGCUUGAUCAUGUUGAAGCUGAAGCUGAAGCUGAUGUUUUUCUUGAAAAAGAUAGGAACAGCAAGGAGGAGAAAGACCUAGCUGAAAUAGCCCAAUGCAAAUCUUAUUCUGAAGAUGGCUCCACUGUUUCAAGUGUUUCGUCUUAUCCUCUCAAUCAUAGGUACCAUAAUUGUAGGGACACUGAUGAUGAAGAUGAAGUAUUGGACUGUGCUGAUAGUGAGCUUGAUCAUGAUAAUGCUGAUACUGAUGAUUAUGGCGAUAAAAACGAUUUUGAUGACGUCGAUGAUGACGAAGAGUAUGACAAUUUCUCUAAUGGUGAAGAUGGAAUCACAGAAUCAAGUGGGAAAGAUUCUGUUCAAGUGUUUGCUGAUGAGGUCGAUAGCUGUUUGUCGGUGUGUGGGUGUCCUAGAAAGAACGAGCCUCAAAUCGGGUCGAGGUGGAAUGCUCGAGAUAGGAGUGCCCGUGUUCAUUCUUCUGUGUUGAAGCCUGUGGAGAACCUCUCACAAUGGAAGGCAGUUAAAGUUGAGGAUAGACUUGGAUUGAAUCCUCACAAAGAAAAUUUCAAGGAAUCAUCAUUUAGUAACAAAUCAAAAACUUGUCAACCUAAAAACUCAAAUCAAGACGUAGCUGUUGAUGCCAGCCUUUCAAGUUGGUUGAGUUCAUCAGAAGUUACACCCACUGGCAAGACUAACACAAGCAUUUCAGGUAUUCCGACACCAGAGUCUCAAGGAUCGAACUCGCUUAUAAGCCAAGAAGAUAGACCAAUUCUAGGAGCAUUAACUAUGGAGGAGCUCAAACAGUUUUCAACUUCACCUUCCCCUAAGAAAUCACCAAAUAUGAGCCCUGAUGAGAUGCCGAUCAUCAGGACGGUUGGCACGUUUUGGAGUCACUCUAGCUCUGUUGAGGAUUUUGGAUACUCUUCAUCUUUCAAAAGACUGUCAAAUACGAACGGUAACUACAGAGAAAUGCGUGUGGAGUAAGAGUGAUACUGAUACUAUAUUCUAAUUGAUGUCAUAUGAGAAAGAAACUAGUUUGUGAGGGGCGGUAGCGCCAUGAACGCCGAUAAACAAGAUUCGAGCUUGAGGGGCGAUGGCGCCAUAGACCAAUGAAUGAGGUUUGAGAGUUUGAACAAACGGGGUGCAAGCUUACUGACUUACACAACAUCAUUGUAUGGUAGAUAAAUUUGUGAGAUAUUUGGUGGAGACUGAGAGUUGUAUUGGGUGUUUCUAUGACAUUUGUUUCAUUGUUUUGUGGAUUUGAGUUAGAUUUUUUUUGGUGUAAUACUCUUUUGUCGAUUGAAGUGAUUCAUUAAAAGCUUGUUUGUUAAUGUUUC